AUGACAAUUAUUAAAAAGAGACUUUCGGAAGGGCUUACCGUCACACAGAAAGUAUUUGUCAGAUCACGUAAUGGAGGUGCUACGAAGGUUGUGCGUGAACACUAUUUGAGAAAUGAUAUUCCAUGUUUAUCAAGAGCAUGUGAUGAAUGCAAUGAGAUUGUUGUACCAGAUGCAGUGAAUGAAUUGCCUCGAUUUGUUCUGUCGGAAACACCGUUGUCUUUGAAAGGGGUUGGGAAACAUUAUGUGGUGGUGGAUACCAAUGUAGCACUGCAGGCAAUUGAUUUGUUGGAGAACCCAAAGUGCUUUUUUGAUGUGAUUGUGCCUCAGAUUGUUUUAGAGGAAGUGCGAAACAAGUCUUAUCCUGUGUAUACUCGAUUGAGAACUUUGUGUCGGGACAGUGAUGAUGUCAAGAGGUUUAUUGUGUUCCACAAUGAGUUCAAUGAGGCUACCUUUGUUGAUCGCCAGAAGGAUGAGUCGAUCAACGACCGAAAUGAUAGAGCGAUUAGGAAGACUGUUGCAUGGUAUAGUGAGCAUUUAAAGGAACAUGGGAUAACCGUGAUUCUUGUGACGAAUGAUCGCCUCAAUCGUGAGGUGGCGUUGAAAGAGGGGCUGGUAGCCAAAUCGUUACCAGGAUAUGUUGAUUUGCUUCCUAACUGUGAUGAACUCAAAGAUUCAAUUCCUAACAUGGACUCCUCUGUGAAUAUUGAUGAAGAUCAGGAGGCUAGGUCAGAAUUUAAUUUCCCCGAAUAUUAUACAACAUCAAGAAUUAUGGGUGGUUUGAAAAAUGGAUCUCUGUACCAAGGUGUGAUUCAGAUCUCUGAAUAUAAUUUCCUAGAGGGCUCUAUUUCGUUGCCAAACUUUUCGAAACCUGUCUUAGUCGUGGGCCAAAAAAACUUGAAUAGAGCUUUUAAUGGAGACCUAGUUGUUGUUGAGUUGCUUGCUAAAAGUGAGUGGAAGGCACCAUCGAGUGUUACCUUGGAUUCUGAACAUUACAAUGUUAAUGAAAACCCAGAUGAUGAUUCAGGAGGUGGAGCGCAGGAUUCUAGUUCUGUUAUAAUCUCAGACAAGCAGCGUAGAUUGCUUAUUCAGGACGCAAUUCAAGCACAGAAGACGAAAAAGAUUCAACCGACAGCCAGGAUUGUAGCUAUCACCAGGAGAUCUUGGAGACCAUAUGUUGGCCAAAUUGCUUCCAGCUCUGUAGAUCUGCAAAACGGCCGUACACAAAAUGUUUUUGUUAUCUUAAUGGAUAAAUGUUUACCAAAGAUUAGGAUACGUACGAGACGCGCGAAAGAAUUGUUGAAUAAAAGAAUAGUAGUUUCUCUAGACAGCUGGCCAGCAACCUACAGAUAUCCACUGGGCCAUUUUGUUAGAGAGCUGGGAGAGAUAGAAUCUGCUCAGGCAGAAACUGAAUCGUUGUUACUUGAGCAUGAUGUGGAAUAUAGACCUUUUUCUAAGAAGGUCUUAGAGUGUUUGCCCUCUGAAGGCCAUGAUUGGAAAGCUCCCGUUGAUUUGCAAGAUGCUGAUGCUAUUGCUAAAGAUCCAUUGUUGGCCAAGAGGCGUGAUAUGAGGGACAAGUUAAUAUGCUCUAUCGAUCCUCCAGGAUGUGUUGACAUUGAUGACGCCCUACAUGCGAAAAAGCUCAUCAAUGGGAACUGGGAGGUUGGUGUGCAUAUUGCAGAUGUCACCCACUUUGUAAAGCCAAACACGGCUUUAGAUGCGGAGGGUGCUUCAAGGGCUACUUCCGUUUAUUUAGUCGAUAAACGUAUCGAUAUGCUGCCAAUGUUGCUAGGUACUGACCUAUGUUCCCUAAAAGCGUCCGUUGACAGGUUUGCAUUUUCUGUCAUUUGGGAACUGGAUAAUGAUGCUAAUAUAGUUAGUGUUGAGUUCACUAAAUCGGUUAUUAGAUCCAGAGAGGCAUUUUCGUAUGAACAAGCACAGCUUCGAAUUGAUGAUCCUAACCAGAAUGAUGAGUUGACGUUGGGUAUGCGAGCUCUGUUGCAAUUGUCUAAGAAACUAAAGCAAAAGAGGCUCGAUGCCGGUGCGUUAAAUUUGGCUUCACCUGAAGUCAAAGUACAUAUGGAUAGCGAAACAUCUGACCCUAGUGAAGUUGAAAUCAAGAAGUUACUGUCUACCAAUUCUUUAGUUGAAGAAUUUAUGUUGUUAGCUAACAUCUCAGUGGCUAGAAAAAUCUACGAUUCUUUCCCACAAACUGCGAUGUUAAGAAGGCAUGCUGCCCCACCUUCAACUAAUUUUGAAAGUUUGAAUGAAAUGCUGCAAGUAAGGAAAAACAUGUCGAUCUCAUUAGAAUCGUCCAAGGCAUUGGCGGACUCUUUGGACCGCUGUGUGGACUCUGAUGACGUAUAUUUUAAUACUUUAGUUCGUAUUAUGUCUACUAGGUGCAUGAUGGCAGCCCAGUAUUUUUAUUCAGGUGCCUAUUCUUAUUCUGACUUUCGUCAUUAUGGUUUGGCUGUUGAUAUCUACACUCAUUUCACUUCUCCGAUUAGACGUUAUUGUGACAUUAUUGCUCAUAGACAGUUAGCUGCGGCAAUUGGUUAUGAAUCUUUGGACUUAUCACACAGAGAUAAGCAAAAAAUGGAGAUUAUCUGCAGAAACAUUAAUAAGAGGCAUAGAAAUGCCCAAUUUGCAGGCCGGGCAAGUAUAGAGUACCAUGUUGGACAAGUGAUGAGAAAUAAUGAGUCUAUAGAAACUGGAUAUGUUAUCAAGGUCUUCAACAAUGGUAUUGCCGUGUUAGUUCCAAAGUUUGGAGUUGAAGGAUUGAUUUUAGCUGAAAACUUAACCACUGACUUUCAGACUCUUGAUUUCGUUGAAGAAGAAUUCAAGCUAUCUUUCCGAGACAAGUCAGGCUCUUCGAGGGAGAUACGUGUAUUUGAUAAGAUUAAAAUACAUGUGAAAUCGAUUCUUGAUCCUAUUACUAAUAAGCGUAAAGCCCAGCUGCUAUUGAAAUAG